AUGGGCUUCACAUUCUCCAACACCUGGACCAUCCAGAACUCAGCUCGCUCUCACUCUCGCUCAGUAUCACCGGCAUCCAAGUCUUCUCGAUCAUCAAGCAAGGCCGGACAUCAAACCAGCCCUGUACUCUCGUCAACUGUCAUGAAGCAUUGUGACCGCCUCGGGAAAUACCUUACUCGCACGGCAGGGCUAGUUUGGGAGGUCAAUGACAUCCUCCAGGUCGCUCUGUAUCAAGGCCUUGGUGGCGACUUAGAUGACAGCGUCUUUGGUGCUGUCUCUCCCUCGCUCAAACGCAGGGUCAAGUCAAUGAGCGCCGGUGCCCUACAAUGGCACCAAACUCUUUUCGACUAUAUGAGGUCCAACGCGCCAGCAGUGCUGGACUUGGUCCAGACCCCAGACGCUCAGGACGAGUUGGAUGCUUGCAUUGACAAGAUCCGAAACCGUAUCAACACCACCAGAAGCAACGACUUUAAUCCGGUUCGCGCCCGCAUCAGCUUCUACGCCUCCCCCAACAUGAACGAACCUCUCAAGCCCUACCUCACCAAUCACAGUGGCCGGGACGAGUACGGCUUCAACCACAGGCAGCUGGGUCGGCUCCUGUGCCCUAUCCCUUACAUUCAGGAUUGGCGCGAAAACCGUAAAAGGACGCAAGCCAAACUUCUGGCAGGAAGCAUCCCCGGCAUAUCGACCCUCCUACCAGCCUUUACGUAUAAAGGUGAUGCUGUCGCAGGCUCUGAGUACGACCCCGAGAACAUUGCCGAGGGCAUGUGGGAGGGCUACAUGAUGGAACGCAUCGCCAAACACAUCUUUGUAGCCCCAAAGGCUGGCUUGAACAAUGAUGUCACUCCUGUCAGUACUCGCAGCAAUGCCGUUAUCAUGGACACCACCGAGAUUAUCCCGGAGCACUUGCCAUACAUCACGAUUGUAGGGCGCUGGGGUAUCUGUGCUGGGAAACAGUGGGGAGAGACUGCUGAUGGUGCGUAUCAGUGGAAAAAAGCGCACAGACACCUGCUCGAGAUCGUGUGGGACCCCGUCUACGAGGAUGUGGUCAACAAGGCUGUGCGGUAUCUGAACCUCCAAGUCUUUGGCCACGAGGAUGGCGCCAACCCGGAGUCCGUCGACGAUGACGAUGACGAGUCCAAUGACAAAAACAUGUUCACGCAGCUUCGAGCACAGCUUGAGCGCAAGAAGGCGGUCGCGGCGCAAGAGGAAAAGGACAGCGAGUCAAACACUGCCGAGACUGACAUUCGAGCUCGCACUGUGGACAUCACGCUUGAGAAGGAUCAAGACCAGUUCGAUAGCGCACUUGAAUUUGACCAGGCGACGGAGGAUAUCGAAAAGGGUCGGGACAAGACUCCCCAGUUUUCCGACAGCGAACAGCCACCCUCGAAGCCGCCUUCAAAGCCUCCUCGCAAGCGUCGUACCAUCCCAUCACCUUCUCACUCAGGCGAGGACAACAUCGAUGCCGACGCAUCCACCACCAACACCCGCAACCGCCAGAUUUUGCCCCCUCGCAAAGACGUUGUCCCCAACGUUGACGACACGCAGCCCGCCACAAGCACUCGCCAUCAAGGUCACUCGGAUCGGCACUCCGAGCCCGUCGAAGGCGAACCCAACAACGGCGAGCAGCUCGAUGAGGCGGCUGGGACAAGCACUGCCGUACCCGCUCGCCUUCGCAGGCCGCAAGCGUCGGCAGACCUCACGUUCGCCGACGAGGCGCUUUCGGACGCGGAGGAUGCUGAAAACGCCGAAGCCUCCAGGAAGACUGUUACCACCCGGUCAAAGCUAGUCGCAUCAGCCAAGACGACCGGAGUAACUGCAAGGAAGAAGAGGAACUGA